AGAUGGAGCCAUUCGAGAAGGACCACAAAGCGACGAAAAGCGAGGAAAAGGAGGAAAAUGAUAGGGUUAAUGUAGAGGCUAAAUCGCGCAAUGGAACAAAAGGCACGUCGUCAGCAACAUCAUCAUCGUCAGCAGCAACAUCAUCGUGUUCGCCGACCACGGCGACAACGGUAGUAAGUACCGAGAGUUCUAGUCAAUCGUUUGAAUGUUCGCUCCCAGGCGUUAGUCGUAAUGUAUCUCAUUCAAAUGGUAAAAACAACGGUGGUAGUACUGCGAUGGCCUACCAGCAGCAGGAGAAGAGGGACCAGGAACAGCAGCAGUCCAGUAAUCAUACGCCUGGUUUAUGAUGAGCCAAUGUAAUGAAGGGCGGCAAGGUCAUCAGACAGAUUGCGAAACCAACGCAAAUGCAGAUAGUGAGUGGCUAGCAGAACUGAAAUCGAAUAUCUUAACCACACACGUAUACACGCGCACUCAUACACAUAAACACAAAGAUUCUGAUACUGAUGAUCUUCGCUUCCAGUGGCGAAACUCCCGUAUGUUGUAGUCGAGUAUAUGUGAGUAGAGAAACCCUAUUAUCGGCCCACCUGAACCCCCGUACCUGUCGCGGGGAAGGAAAAGCUGCACAGAAAGUGAGCCACAGCGCUGCGUGUAUGAGAAAACAGGACAGCAGGAAUGAACGAGCGUGAGAGAAAACAAUUGAGCGAUUGAGUAGAAAAACGAUGAUCCCCCCCAGAUCUUGAUGAUUGAUGCGCGAUAGUGACGUUAGUAGUUCGAUUAAAUUAUUAGAUUCUAGAUUAUUAUUUUAUGAUAUAGUACAUAAGUUUGAAGCCCUCGGGUAGUUCCAGAAUUGAUAGAGCGUAACAUCUAGCAGAAGAAGAAAAAAAAAAAACAAGCUACACCACAAAACACACAUGGCAAACAUUCAUCAAUGUAGUAAAACCCUUGUCGAGAGGUAUCUUGUAUCGGCCCUAUUCAGGCCCCACUAUUUCACAUCUGCUAAUGGAAGAUGCGAUACAUGGCGAGUAACUUGCUCUCGAACUCCGAACCAUUUCCGGUGUUGGAUGCUUCGUUUGAGGAGUUUAAUGUUUCGUAGCCUUAGCUUUGGGUAAUUAUAGUUUCAGUAUGGCAAACUGAGCGAUUAGUUUGAAGUUCUGUACGAAUGAAUAAUGUGUAUGAUGUGCUUUUAAUAGACAUUUCGUUCCCAUUAAUUGCGUGUAUGUCUAACUUCGUUUGUUCCGGUUAAGCUAGUAACAGAAACAAUGCAUCAAAUUGUACUGUUUGGUAAAGUAAGGUUCAUGAUGACAAAAUGCUACAC